UCUAGAAAGUACGGGCUUGUUGGGAUUGCUUCUUUAAAAAGUACUUUUGUUCAUAAGUAAUGCUUUUGCUUCUAAACAAUGUUGAAAUUUAAAUAAAAAAAGUUCCACAGCGGCUGUGUCCAAGAACAAGUGUCUGCCUUUUGUCUUUUCUCUGGCUCCUCAACUUUAUCCCUUAUCUCGCACUCAAAUAAUUUUGAUUUCUUUACAUUAUUUUUCUCUGCUUUUUAUCGAUUGCCGCUUACCAACUGCCAAAAUCUUUAAAAACUAUGCAGCAGAACUCAAAUUAAAACUAAAGAAAAAGACCAAAAACACUGAAAAUUAAUCAAAACUCAACAUUUCACCAAAAAAAUCAAUCAAUCAAAAGAUGGAAGAACAGUCGCCCUUCUUCUGGUAUACUACUUCAGCUCUCAUCGCCAUCUUCCUCACCUUCCUUCUCACCACAAUGAAACCAAAACCCAAAUUUACGAAUCUACCCCCUUCCCCGCCAUCUAUUCCAAUCAUCGGCCACCUCCACCUCCUCAAACAUCCAGUCCACCGAACCCUCCAAUCCCUUUCUUCAAACUUGGGUAAAAUCAUCCUCCUCCAAUGGGGUUCCCGCGCAGUCCUCUUGGUCUCCUCCCCUUCUGCCGCCGAAGAAUGCUACACCAAGCACGACGUUGCCUUUGCCAACCGCCCAAGCCUGCUCGCCGGAAAACACUUCCACUACAACUUCACAACCGUCGCGGCGGCUCCCUACAGCGACCAUUGGCGUAACCUCCGCCGCAUCAUGACUCUCGAGAUUUUCUCCUCCUCCCGCCUCGCCGCGUUUUCCAGCGUCCGGCAAGGGGAAGUCCGUCUGUUACUGACCCAGAUCAUGAAAAAGUCAAAGAUCGAGCUCAAGUCCAAAUUCACGGAGCUUGCGUUCAACGUGAUGACGAUGACGGUGGUGGGGAAGCGGUACUUCGGCGAAGACGUGGCAGCGGACGAGGAGGCAAAGAAUUUCCGGGAGGUGAUGAGGGAGGCGGUGCACUUAUCGGCGGCGACGAAUUUGGGAGAUUUUUUUCCGGUUUUGCAGUGGACGGAUGCGACAGGGUUGGAGAAGAAGAUGGUGAGGCUAAUGAAAAAGAUGGACGGCUUCUUGCAGAGUUUGAUUGAGGAGCGCCGUGGGAUUUUGGCGGCGGGUUUUGAAUCGAACGGCCAAGAGGUGAAGAAAUUGAUGAUCGACAACUUUUUGGCGCUACAACAAACAGAGCCCCAAUUAUACACCGACGAAAUCGUCAAGGGAAUCAUUUUGGUGUUGCUGGUAGCUGGGACAGACACAACAUCAACAGCCCUACAAUGGGCAAUGGCACUCUUGCUAAACCAUCCGGAUGCAAUGGAGAAAUUAAGAGCCGAGAUAGACACCAAGAUUGGACCAGAUCAUCGUGUGUUGAAAGAGCAAGACUUGCCAAACCUGAGCUACUUACAAAAUGUGAUCAACGAAACGCAUCGUUUGUACCCUUCGUUUCCAAUUCUAGUGCCUCAUGAAAACUCAGAGGACUGCGUGGUAGGGGGAUUCGACGUGCCACGUCACACAAUGCUGGUGAUCAAUGCGUGGGCUAUCCACAGGAACCCUGAGAUAUGGGAGGACCCCGAAAAGUUUAAGCCGGAAAGGUUUGAAGGGUGGAGCGGUGAGGGGUCCGAAGGGUAUAAGCUGAUUCCAUUUGGGGCUGGAAGGCGAGGGUGUCCUGGGGCUGGCCUCGCGAACCGGUUGAUUGGGUUGGCGCUGGGAAGCUUGGUUCAAUCGUUUGAGUGGGAGAGGAUUGGUGAAGAGGAGGUGGACAUGAGUGAGGGCUUGGGGCUUACGAUGCCAAGGGUCAAGCCCUUGGAGGCUAUUUGCAAACCACGCCCAAUCAUUCUAUCUUCCAUGUAAAAAUUGGACCAUAAAGUCCAAAGCACAAUACUACUGCUUGAUUAUUUCCUUUGCUUUGAUUGAUAGAAUCAAUAUAUAUGGUUUGACUGUAAUAAUCAAGUUCAAAGUUAUAAUUCUUGCAGUUGAAUC